AAUUCCAUGACCAAAACAAAACAAACCAUACAAUUCUCUAAUUUCAAUGUUUUUGCCAUUUUUAGUGGAUUUCAUUUAAAAAUCGUUCCAUUUCUAUGUGAUAUUUUAGCAAAUAUGUCGAUGCCGAAGCUGAACGACUAUGAAUUAUUGGAAAUCAUUGGCAGCGGUAGCUAUUCGGUGGUUCAUCGAGCAAAGCAUAAAGAAACAAAACUGUCAUUUGCGAUAAAAUGUGUGGCCAAGGCAAACCUUUCGAAAAGUUCCACCGACAAUUUACUCAGGGAAAUCAAAUUGCUAAAAACCCUUAAACAUAAGCACAUUGUCGAAAUGAUUGACUUUAGAUGGGAUGAAAAGAGCAUUUAUAUAAUUAUGGAACUGUGCGACGCUGGUAAUUUGUCCACAUACAUCAAACGGCAUUGCACCUUGCCCGAAACCACGUGCAAAUUUUUCAUGAAGCAAUUGGCUUCAGCCAUGCAAUACAUGCGCUCCAAUAAUAUCAGCCACUUUGAUUUGAAGCCGCAAAAUUUGCUGCUAAUCAAAGCACCGACGAUAAUGCUUAAAGUGGCCGAUUUUGGAUUUGCGCAGUAUUUAAGUUUGAACGAAGAAAACACUGUGAUAAAAGGAUCACCAUUGUACAUGGCCCCUGAAAUUCUCUUGAAACAUUGUUACAAUCCGUCGGCCGAUUUGUGGAGCAUUGGUGUCAUUCUGUACGAGUGUAUAUUUGGUCGUGCACCAUACAGUUCGAAAACAUUAGAUGAACUAUUGCAAAAAGUUAAAGUAAAGCAGAAAAUUACCAUUUCUCCAACGGCAGCUAUAUCAUCAGAUUGUCGAGACAUUAUGACACGAUUAUUGGUGCAUGAACCGGAGCAACGAAUUAGUUUUCAGCAGUUUUUCGAUCAUCCAUUCCUCAAUUUAAACCACGAUGCAUCCGAUGAGAAUCUUGGAAAAGCCAUACAAAUCGUUACUAAAGCCGUUGAAGAGGACCAAAAGAAGAAUUACAGAGAAGCCUAUUAUGCGUACUGCGAAGGAUUGCAGUAUUUUGUGCCAUUAAUAGCGGCUGAAUCAGAUGCAAAUAAAAGACAACAUUUACAGCAGCAAGCAACGAAUUAUAUGGAACGAGCGGAAGAAAUUAAACGCUCCUUCACUGAAGCCUUUAUUCAGCAGAAAAAUGUCAAGAGCGUUAACGGUCAAGCAGAAGCAUCGUGCUCAUCAAGCGAAGAGAAUCCAGUUAAACAGGCCUUGAAACCAAAUUUAAAUUACAAGCAACUAUAUUCACUAUUUACCUCAACACCUCAAGUACAACAUGCUCUAGAAAUCGGGCGACAAGCUGAACUCUAUUCGUAUGAGCAAAAUAACAGUGCUGCUCUGGAUCGCUAUACGUCUGCGUUGAAUGUGUUAGUACCUUUGCUGAAGCAGGAACCAUCGGGACAACGAAGAGAAAUGCUGCAAAAGCAGGUGGUGGAAUGGAUGCAAGAGGCCGAAAGUAUCAAAGCUUUGGUCAUGGCACACAAUGUAACCGACAGCAAAACUGAUCAUCAACACUGUUGUAUUCAAUGAAAUUGCCACCCGCUGCUAUUUUUUUUACGCUUUAUUGUGAUAUUUUCAAUUCCAUUAACACUAGAGUUGCUGCAUUUUGAAGUAAAAAAAGAGUAACAAAUGAUAUUAUGAAAUGCUUUGAGUGUCCAAGAAUUAAAACUUCCAGUUUUUAUUUCCCACAAUUGACAUGUUGUAAUUUUAUUGACAAUUCUAUUUGUAUGCUUAUGAUUGAUUAACUGCAACGGAAAGUAUGUAUUGGGUUUUGAAAAUUUGUGUUCUUCCUUGUUCGUCCAAGGAAACGUUACAACAGCUUCAGGACGAAUAAUUUUUUUUUUCACGUUCAUGUGAGCUUAUUCAAUGAUAAUCUGCAUUGAAUUUUUUUUUUCAUUCGUUGCAUCGAUUUCAAAUAUCACAACCCUGAUAAAAUAUCUGCAUUUAAAAAUUUAAAUAUGUGUUCAUCUGUUAUAUUGGAGGAAAAUUUGUCUAUUUUGGAUAGAAACCGUAUGUUUGUUAUUGGUAUUGAAUCGGAAUUUUGUGUGUUAGAAAUGAUGUGAAUUUUAAUGAAUAUAAAUUUGAUUGAAAGUCAUAAAUAAAUUUUUAUUGAAGAUUCAGUUACAAAUCGGAAAAA